CCUCGGCACCUGGUCAGAUAAAUUCCAAGUGGACCAAGGAGAACUGUUUCCCUCUCUUGUGCGACUGAGAGGAAGCGAAGAUGUCGGAACGGAAAGUUCUAAACAAAUACUACCCACCUGACUUCGACCCUUCAAAGAUCCCGAAGCUCAAGCUACCCAAGGACCGGCAGUACGUGGUUCGCCUCAUGGCUCCCUUCAACAUGAGGUGUAAGACCUGUGGAGAAUACAUCUACAAAGGGAAAAAGUUCAACGCACGCAAGGAAACAGUCCAGAAGGAGGUCUACCUGGGCCUGCCCAUCUUCCGGUUCUACAUCAAGUGCCCGCGCUGCUUGGCCGAGAUAACGUUCAAAACAGACCCGGAGAACACAGACUACUCCAUGGAGCACGGGGCUACGCGCAAUUUCCAGGCCCAGAAGCUCCUGGAGGAGGAGGAGACCCGUGUGCAGAAGGAGAGGGAGGAUGAGGAGCUGAACAACCCCAUGAAGGUCCUAGAGAACCGCACAAAGGACUCCAAGCUUGAGAUGGAUGUGCUGGAGAACCUGCAGGAGCUGAAGGACCUUAACCAGCGGCAGGCGCACGUGGACUUCGAGGCCAUGCUGCUGCAGCACCGCCUGUCGCAGGAGCAGCGGCGACAGAAGCAGGAGGAGGAAGACGAGCGAGAGACUGCGGCCUUGCUGGAGGAGGCUCGACACCGCAGGCUUCUAGAGGAUUCUGACUCAGAAGAUGAAGCUCUGCCUUCCCGACCACCGGCAACAGCAAGACCCAACCCCACAGCCAUCCUGGACAAGGCGCCGAAGGCCAAGAGGAAGGCAGAGGCAGUGGGCAGCAAGGCACAGCUGGCCGGCUUGGUUGUGCCAAAGAAGUUGAAGGCAGAAGCCAAUGGGGGCUCAGAGCAGGUCUGGAUGCCCGCCACAGGUGCCCCCGAGAGCAGGAAGGCGGUCAACCUUUUACUCCAGACACCCAGGGCCUCCUCCCUGAGCCAGCUGGGUGCAUAUGGGGACAGCGAGGACAGUGACAGCUGA